UGUAUUCUAUAUGGCACGGUUGGUUACCCACUGAGGGCACAUCAAUGGACUUGGAAGCUAAAGAUGAAGAGGAGGAGAGUCUACAAACAGCAUUCAAGAAGCUGAGAGUGGAUGCAGCAGGAUGUAUUGCAGCUCUGUCCGUGGGCGACGGGAUGAUUCUUAGAACAACGACAAGAGCAGCCAUGGAUGGAGCCAAGCAUCAGACUGUCAGCUCCAAGGAAGCCUGGCAUGGGUGUGUGAGAAAGCCUUCCCGAGGAUCGGCGAGGGUCCCGCGGCGCCGGCGCUCCAAGUCUCCGGUCCUGCACCCUCCCAAGUUCACCUAUUGCAAUAUGAAAACCAACAACCAGCUGAAACACAAACCCCAGGCAGACUCCUCGAAGGGUGUCAUCAGCUCAGAUGUUUUUGUCCCAGCAGAACAUGGUAUGAAGGACGGGCAGGAUUCUCACCUUGAGGCCAGUAACGACAGAACUGAACCGUUGGAAGCUCUCACCGCUGAAGAGCCUUUGCAGAAGCGAGGGGAGAACUGCCCUGCUCUCUCCUCAUCCUUUGAGAGCAGCCUGUGCUCUAAGCAAACCUCAGAUUUCCAGUCCUUAUCCGUGCUUAGCAGCGGCAGGCAGUGCCCUUGUACGGACAAGAAGUGCCAGUGCAAGCAGUGGUGCAGCAUGGAGGUGUACUCCUUCUCCGGCCUGCGGAGCGUCCUGUCUGAGUGCGAGAAGGCAGUGCUGGGGGUCCGUGCCCACUCCCUGCAGAGCAGAUCCCCCUCUGGGACAGCCUCAGCCAGCUCUCCCAGGUCUUGUUCUGAGCAAGCUCGAGCCUUUGUGGAUGACGUGACUAUUGAAGAUCUUUCGGGAUACAUGGAGUACUACUUGUAUAUUCCCAAGAAAAUGUCUCACAUGGCGGAGAUGAUGUAUACUUGACUGUAAGCAAUAGAGAAUCCUGAAGCAGAGUUUGUUACAAUGGUUGGGCUAAUUGCCUUGUCAGUGCCAUGUUUUCACUGUUGUGUGUUUGAUUAAAUGUUUCUUUGCCUCAUACAGUUUAGUUUUCUAAUAAAAUGAAAAAUUAAAUAUAGUUUCUGAGCUUAGUUCUAAAAAGAAUGCACUAAAGUCUCUGAACACCUUAACAAAAGCACUCUAGAUCAAAUGAGCUCUGGUUUUUGGUUUGUGCUGUGGAUAUUGAAGCUCUGUAUGCUGUUUUCACUAUGUUUUGGAAAAAACCAAACAAAACCAAAAAACAUAGUUUUUUUUUCUGAUACUUUGAAGUGUUUGGAAUGUUCAUUCUUAAUGUAUCUCAGUACUUAGAGAAAAGUUUCACAGCUACAGGUCCAUCCUUAUUGUCCUGCUCUAGAGAGAAGGAUCAGAAGGCAUUCAGCAUUUUGGAUGGGAUGAAUCUCCUUUCCUUGAACACUAGCUGGCUCCUUUUUUAGUUGGAUCAAGUUGUGAAUGCUUAUUCCUUACAAAUUUUUUGGGAAGUCCAGAACAUGCGGGUGUGUACUUGGACCCUUCCUUAAUCUAACUCUCUCACUUUUAAGCAGUUCUAUUUUUCUGCAGAUAAGUGAAGCUCUUAGAAGUAAAAAUAUAUUUUGUUAUUUGUGCUUUACAGAUGGAAUAAUUUAGGGGGGAGUGAAGCAGGCUACCAGAUUUUUUGGGUGGUGCAGUCUCAGAAGUGGAGAAGGUGGAAACAUUUAUACAGGAUGUUUCUGAGCACAUCUGAUACACAGAGUGAUGUGGAAAGGGGGUGAACAAGAUGUGUGUAUCAUCAUGGCUUUGUUCUGUAGAGCUAUGACAUUCCUGCUGGUUGAAAAUACUGCAAUAAAAAAUUCUGUUGCCGAGA